AUGCCCCGAGUCCGCGUCCCCAAUGCUAGCUUCAUCGCCAGCGCGGACCUCCCCAUCCUUCCGUUCCUUGCGCCGAGAGUCUUCGCCGAGUCACUUAUCCCAGGGAGGAACAGGCCGCACAAUGCCAGGGGUGAUGCUGCGCAGAAAGAGAAGCAGAGUCCUUUUGGACUAUCGGAAGCUUCAGGGCGGAUAGGAGAUGCAGAGAAGAAUCAUCAGCUUCGGCACCAGUCUGGGUCAAAAUGUCGCCAGCAUCUGAGGCAAAAGGACCUGGCCGCGGGGUCGCUGCAAACAUUGGGUUAUUGGCAGAAAGAGUCGAAUCAUCCGCAUCCUGUCAAUUGGCUUUAUUCGGAAAUUUCCAGCUUUGCCCGGCAACAUGCACGAACAUAUGCGACCACUACGCCCAGCCAUUCCAAUGCACCAACCAAAACUGGUGUUGGAAAACGCCGACUCUACAGAGCUGUGUCCAAUCGCACUUCUUCCGUGCUUGCUCCAAAUGCGUAUUCGCAGGCAGCCAGACGAGAGAAAUUACUGGCCUUAGAGAGAGCACGAAUCUCCAAUUACAUCUCCCGACUGCCAUCCAAUCUGUCGCCAGACGAGCUGAUGGACCGGGGAACCUACAGGUCUCUUUCUCGCCGCGUGCUGAAUUUGCUGCGUUGGAACUCGAAACAUUUGGACCUGACUAGGAAAUUGGAUCGCUCUGAGAAAAGGACUCGGCUGAAUGUAGCCUUUGCUGCGCUCGAUCGGACACUUUAUACCUCUUUACGAAGACAUACGCGAAGAGUUGUCAUAAAACACAAGCCGCAAUGCGUCCGACUCAGCCGCAAGCUGUUCCCACCUAACACUCCAAUUGGCUCACAUAUGGUAUGGAAAAACUGGGUUGAAUUCGAUGUUGGUACAAGGAGAGCGUACGCCCAUCGGCUGCUCAUCUACCUUUUGGAUCGCAAACCUGGCCUUGCCUUGCGAUUCAUACAAGUUAUAGCCAACGAUCCGCUUUUACGAGGCCGGAAGACACGAGCUAUCGCAGAUGCUCUUGGCCAUCUCUCCAAGAUUCAUACGAGAAAAGUAUACGGUGCUCUCCAAAAGUGGGGUUCCGAUCCAAUGGCACAUCGGAAACUGUUCGUUCCUGCAUUUGUAAACAUAUUUACCAAGUCACUGUCUAGCCAGCCCGACGUCUGUUCUCAGGAUCUCCUAUACAACCUGGUGGAACUAGCCAAAACCGGCGACCUCAAGAAAGUGUUUGAUUGCUUGGUUGAGCACCGUACGAGCAUUGGGUUUGACACCAUGUUGCAUUAUGCGAGCGCCUUUGGUGAGGCUGGGGAAGUCCAAUACGCCUUGAAAUGUCUCGAUGAGCUCAGAGUAAGACACACUACGACUGGAUGGAACGCGGUGGUGGGCCGGGAGAGAUUGCGAUGGACAUGCGCCACCAUACUGCGUCACAGCAUGAGCGCAAGCCACGACUUUCACCAAACUCCCUUGAUAGUGGCUGCUUUUGUGCGCCUGGGGAUCAAGAUGGACAUCUUGCUUUACAACAUAGUCAUGCAUAAUGCUAUGCAAGCUGGCGACUACAACACUGCCUUCAAAGUGUACAACACCCUGGAAAGCAAUGGAUUAGAGCCCGAUGCACACACUUACUCGAUUCUCCUCCAUGGGUGUACAUUGCAAAAUGAUCCAGCCAUAUUCCAAAGUUUUGCACAACAUUGCGCAGAUGUGGCCAAGCAAGGGGAGUAUUCGUGGUUAGCGGCGGAUUAUCUGUACUACCUAUAUGUACGUUAUCAGAUUGACACUGACGCUGAACAUACGCGCGCGUUGCUGUGGGACGCCUACUCAAAAUUAUUUUCCACGGAGCCGCUGGAACCUUUUAUCGCCUCUGGAAUGAUGUAUCCGAGGCAUGCCAUGACUGAGCAAAACACCCCUGCACCGAACUCGGCACUUCUCACGCCGCCUUCUGUAGCGCUCUACAUCAUGAUGCAAACAGAGAUUCAAUCAGCGUUGACUGUAAGCAAUCAACGAGUCCUAAACCUGUACCGGAUAUUCAAGUCGGUCGCAGUAGAGGGGAGCAGCCCAGCCUUCAGAAGCCUGGUCCGGAAUCCAAUCAUCUGGAACGCUUUCCUUCUUGCCUUCAGCCAGAAGCAACAAUUUGCAAACGCGUCUCAGGUCAUCAAGGACAUGACGGAGAGCCCAACGAAGCCCAAUAUCUACAGUUGGAACAUAUUGAUGCAGGCAUUCUUCAAGACGGGCCAAGUGCAAGCGGCUGAGCGUGUAUUUGAGAUUAUGCGUAACCGGGGCGUUGAUCCGGAUCAAUUCACGUAUGGCAUUUUGGUACGAGGGUAUGCCAAAGCACAACUGGUUGAGCGCAUAGGUGAGACGAUGGAACAUCUUGAGACUGAGCAAGAACUUGAACCCAAUCUGCUGCGGGCUCUGGCAGCUGUUGUGAACCGGCGGCAGCUCAUGCUUACAUUGGAGAAGAAUCGGCUUCACAAGGAAGCCAAGGCGCUCGCGGACGCAGACCAAGAAGCUGAAGAGGAGCGUGCAAGAUGGGAGCCACCCUUGUUUGACAUUACCAAUAUCGAGACAAGAGGGGCAAGCGAUAAUGCAUCAAGAGAGUCGCAAGCGAUAGACAGUCUGCACGAGGAUUCGUCCACCAGCUCCAUGGCCCCGGGCGUGGCUCCUCAUCGUCAAGACAGCCAAGAGGCGGAUAUAUUUGGAUUUCUCACAGACGAAGAUGCACCACGCGCAUCGUCUGCGUCAUCAACUGCUUAUUCAGUGUCUGGGCAAUCCAUUCAGCAGCAGCAAACGCCGAAGCAGCCAGAGUCUGGCGCUGUUGAUACGCGAGAUCCAGAAAUCCAAUACAGAAUGCUCCAGGAGCAACUAGGACUCAUGGAGGGGUCAGAAUCGCCUGUUGCUGCUGAGGCCCCGCGUCCAGAGCCGGUGGGUGCAAGUCUGGGGUUUAAGAGUGUGCUAGACACGACAGCGAAAAAGGGCGUGAGCAAGGCUAGCGUGCCCAAGGGUCGGGUCAGGCCCAAGAUAAAGAGAGAGAGACUAGACCGGCCUUGGUCUGAUUAAGCGCAGCAUGAGACCCUUGAGCGGUAUAGCAUAGUCUAUCGUUGCACAUGCGCAGAUGAGACUUGGAAGGCACCAGGAGAAGACGGCAUGGGGCAUUGUAUGGUGUAGCAACCGG